AUGUGUAAAGUGUGCUAUUUUAUUUUGUUUCCUUCUCUUAUUCAUAAUGAUCCAUAUUUAAAUCACUACAAAAAUUGGCCAUACAACCCAACUAAAAACUACCAAGUGGGUAAUAGCAUGCUAACCUACUACAAACGCUCAACUGAUAGAAAUCUACAACUCGUUUAUUUUUUUUUAUACAUGAUUGAGCCAUCCCCUUCACGAUACACUCGUGUUUGUGGGGGUGGUGGUGGUUGCAUCACCUUUAGAAUGAGAUAUAGGACACCGGUGCAACAAAAAAUAUGGAGGAGCAUGUCCUACAUGGGUGCAUCCCAGACUCCAAAUUUCCAAUUUGGUUUUGCUUUUGUUGUUGGUGGAAUGAAGCCUCUCAAUCUUAUGCCAGAACCUUACGUAUCCCUUCUGAAUGCCCACACAUGUCAUCUGCUCAUCAAUUUUUACCACGCUCACCGGUAUCGAUUACCGAUACUGAUUGGUAAAGUGUUCAGUUGUCAAAUUUGGGAAAUGUUUUCCCAUAAGUUAAUUCUUCGCAUAAAAAACAGAUUCUUUGUUGCAAUUCGGAGACAAUGCUGUAAAUUGGGUUUAAAAAUGCAAGAAAAAUUUAGUGUGCAGUUAAAGCUUGAGAUGUUAAAUCUUAGUAGACAUUAUUCUUGGCAAAAAUGA